AUGUCCGCCGAAUCCGCCGCCUGGCCCGUAGCCGACCAAGCGCUCGCGCAAGAGAUCCUCGACCUGGUCCAGCAAGCCUCGCACUACAAGCAGCUGAAGAAGGGCGCCAACGAGGCCACCAAGACGCUGAAUCGCGGGAUCAGCGAGAUUGUGAUUCUGGCGGCGGACACGACGCCGUUGGCCAUUCUGCUGCAUUUGCCGUUGUUGUGUGAGGAUAAAAACACACCUUAUGUCUACGUCCCGUCGAAGAUGGCGCUGGGUCGCGCGUGCGGUGUGAGCAGGGCCGUGAUCUCUUGCAGCAUCACGACGAACGAGGCAAGCGAUUUGAUGGGACAGAUUCGUGCGCUUAAGGACAAGGUCGAGAGACUCAUGAUCUAA